UUUAGGUCAAUGGCAAAAUGAUACGAAUAUUAACUGAUAAGUCUUAAGAGUCUAGUCUAGUAAUAGAAUUAAAUUUAAACAGAUAUAUCUAAAUCUAGAUAUAGAAUCUAGAUCUACUAGUGAUCGGUCUAGUCUAUAGUCUAUACAAUAACAAUAAUAGAGUCUAGAUCUAUAAAGAAUUUACCAGAGACUAUAAAGACCAAAAUGGCUAGAGGUUACGAUUUAACUUCAGAUGCUGGUACAAAAGAGUACUUACGAGAUGUUGAAAUUGAAUAUCAAUUUCAAUGUCUGGAUCAAAAGGAAGUUGAUGGAUGUCAUCGAUUGGGAGAGUUUUUGGAAAAUAUCAGAAAAAAUACCACAGCUGCAGCAGCUAUUUAUAAAGAAAACUGUGAUAAAGGCAACUAUGCCAGAAGUUGUCUUAAAUAUGGUCAUUGUCUAAACUUUGGAAACGGUGUGAAGGAAGAUAAAACAGCUGCUUUACAGUACUUUGAGAAGACUUGUAAGUUAGGGAAUGGCUCUGGAUGUUUUUAUGCAGGACACAUUGACCUGAAAUUGAGUUUAGCAGAGGGAAAGACUCCUGAUAAAGCUGUCCAACUGAUGUCGCAGUCAUGUGACCUGAAAUGUUCUGAAGGCUGUUUUAUUCUAGCCUCUUGGCAUUUACUUGGUCGCUACACAGAUAAAGACCUUAGAAAAGCCUUUGAAUUGAAUCAGAAAGGUUGUAACUUGGAAAAUGUAGGUUGCUGUAGUAAUUUAAGUAUCAUGUACCGACAUGGUCAUGGUACUAACAAGGACUUAUCUUUGGCAACAGAGAUGAAGAAACGUGCAGAGCAAUAUUCUGCUGACCAUUUAAAAAAACAGCCAGUUUUAAAAGUUAAUGAAUAAUUUGUUUAAAAAGCUUGUUUGAAAAUAAAAAAUUGUUUAAUAUUU